UUUUAUAAACUAAAACUUUGACGUAACUUUUGAAUGGUUGAUUCUUCACAUUAAUGCUUAUUGAUACAACUCCUUUCUUUCGAAAAUAACACUUUUGACCUUCGAGUUUAAAUUGCAUUUUAGAAACUUUAACCUCCGCAAUUAUCUGGGGCUUCAGUGUUUUACAAACACAUUCUGUUUGUUUUCUUAUUAUUAAGGCUGUAUGCACGAGUCAUUCUUGUUUGAGUUUUUACUUUCAUCCUACAGGAAAACUAGGAAAAACGCACACUGAAGUUACAUAAUAUUGUGAUAAAAGAGCACAUUUUGGUGGAGGUUACAGCGAUAGCCUAUUUAUAAUAAAACGGAAUUUCCUCCCGUUUCCAUUUGCUAUGUAAUUAGAUGUUUUGAUUCUUGAAGUGUAUGCGAGGGAAAAUAAUCACGCCGAUGUUUUUUUGAAAUAUCUUAAUGUUAUACCGAUGAGUUUUUUUGCAAUACUACGUCUGGGAAGAGAGAAGGGUGUGGAUCUGGGAAGACUAAAUUGUCAAAGGAAUACAUGUUCCAGCAAUCCGAUUUUGUAAAAUCCAAGGCCUUGAUACUGUAAGUAUUAUCAUUUUUAUUUGCAGAAAAUAAAUUCUUGGUUGUUUUCCAACCAGCAGAGAUCUCAUUUGACGACAGGGUGCUUAAAGGUGCUUUGUAUAGACUAAGAAGGCAAUAUUUAUCAACAUCCACGUGCGUCAAAUUAUAACACACGAGAAGUUGUUUCGUUUUAUUCUCUCCUUCCUCAAGUGUAGUGCUGCAUUUCUAAAAAUUUAAGUGUCUUCAAAUGACUGAAUUAGUUUUCCACGGAGUUUUUUUUAAUGAAACUCAAAUGAAUAGAUCGUAAACAUGUGAUAGGAAAUGCACUAUCAGGAAACGAAAGUGGGGACUCAUCAAACGGGAAAAUUUUUGACAAAAAUGUCAAAUGGCGGCAUGGACUUGAACACAAACCUUACUGACAAAGAUGUUGUGGAAGAAAUAACUGACUGGGAGACUCUUCUGAAUUAUAAAAACGACGAAAAUGCUCUCCUCUUAUUACCAGUGAUAUGUUUUGUUUUCCUUUUAAUUAUUCUUGGAGGAAUAGGAAAUAGUAUUGUGUUUUACGUUUACAAAACUAAAAGUAAAUCAACAACGAAGGGAGUUUUUAUUUCCGUCUUGGCCGUAUUCGAUCUCAUGAAUUGUUUAAUUGUAAUGCCUUUUGAAAUUUACGACCUCAGAAAUCAGUACAGAUUCACAUCCGGAGAUUUCUGCAAGUCUAUGAGAUUUGUGGAGUUUUCAAUUGUUCUUGCUGCCGGGUUCACUCUUGUUGCCGUGGCGAUAGACAGGUAUAUGAACCUUUGUGUCAGAACUUCCCGAAUUUUAUUCACCCCUAGCCGUGCCAAGAGAGCUUGCUGUAUUUGUGUAGGACUAAGCAUAGUAUUUUCUUGGCCUGUAGUGAUGUUCGCGGGACUCGAACCUUCACCCGUUCGAGUGGACAAUGUAACGAUCAAUGGUUUUGAAUGUUCAAGUUUUAGUGACGAAUCAAUCAAUGCUCGUAUUUAUCUUUACAUUCUCAACAUCGUCUUCAUACUUUCUCUUGUGUUAAUGAUAAUCUUGUAUUCUAUGAUAGGAAUGAAGUUAUAUCACAGGAGGAGAGGAUCAUUUCACGAUGGAUUAAUAUUCAUGAAGGACACAACCGAUUCAGGAAAAUUUCAAAACAACCAUUCAGACAUGAACAUUGAGCGUUGCGGAUAUGCCAUUGGAAAAAGAGGUAUUCGAAUGAAGGGCUCGACACUCAUUUUUUACUCUGUGACCAUUGUGUUUAUUAUUGGUUUUCUCCCUCAUCUGAUCACGAGGGUGCUGAAAAUUACUCACACGGCCUUUAUAGAGGUCAACAAAGGAAACUCGACAGAGGUCGCGUAUAAUUUUCUGAUAAGGUCUUAUAUGAUCAACUCUGCAGCUAACCCCUUUAUUUACAGUAUUAUCCACGAACGAUUUAGACAGGAAAUUGUCCGAACCUGCCGGAAGUGUGUGAGAUUAUUUAGAAGGAAUUGAAAGCUUUCUGAGGGUUUUCUAUUUUAAGAUUUUUAGUUAAAAGGAGAAAAAAUCCAUGUUUAAAUGAACACUUUUACUGAGAAGGGAUAUUAUUUUAAACAUGUAUUGUAGUAUCUUU